CUCGACGGCGGCUCCGAGUCCUGCCCCCUCCUUCCCGCGCUCCCUCGCCCGUCCCCCAGCCCCCUCAUGAGGGUGUCCGUACCGGGUCCGGCGGCCGCCGCCGCCCCCGCGGCCGGCCGCGAGCCCUCGACGCCGGGCGAGAGCGGCGGAGGCGAAGGCGCCGUCGCUGCCGCCUCAGGCGCCGCGGUGCCGGGCUCGGUGCAGUUGGCGCUGAGCGUCCUGCACGCCCUGCUCUACGCCGCACUCUUCGCCUUUGCCUACCUGCAGCUGUGGCGGCUGCUCCUGUACCGCGAGCGGCGGCUGAGUUACCAGACCCUCUGCCUCUUCCUCUGUCUCCUGUGGGCAGCGCUCAGGACCACCCUCUUCUCCGCCGCCUUCUCGCUCAGCGGCUCCCUGCCCCUGCUCCGGCCGCCCGCUCACCUGCACUUCUUCCCCCACUGGCUGCUCUACUGCUUCCCCUCCUGUCUCCAGUUCUCCACGCUCUGUCUCCUCAACCUCUACCUGGCGGAGGUUAUAUGUAAAAUAAGAUGUGCCACUGAACUUGACAAACACAGAAUUCUAUUGCAUUUGGGCUUUAUAUUGGCAAGCCUUCUCUUUUUAGUGGUGAACUUGACUUGUGCAAUGCUAGUCAAUGGAGAUGUGCCAGAAAAUCAGUUGAAAUGGACUGUGUUUGUUCGAGCAUUAAUUAAUGAUAGCCUGUUUAUUCUUUGUGCCAUCUCUUUAGUUAGUUACAUAUGCAAAAUUACAAAAAUGUCAUCAGCAAAUGUCUACCUCGAAUCAAAGGGUAUGUCUCUGUGCCAGACUGUUGUCGUAGGCUCUGUUGUCAUUCUUCUCUACUCUUCGAGAGCAUGUUAUAAUUUGGUGGUGAUCACCAUAUCUCAGGAUACAUUAGAAAGUCCAUUUAAUUAUGCCUGGGAUAAUCUUUCAGAUAAGGCACAUAUAGAAGACGUAAGUGGAGAAGAGUAUAUAGUAUUUGGAAUGGUCCUCUUUCUGUGGGAACAUGUGCCAGCGUGGUCGGUGGUUCUAUUUUUCCGGGCACAGAGAUUAAACCAGAAUUUGGCACCGGCUGGCAUGAUAAAUAGUCAUAGUUAUAGUUCCAGAGCUUACUUUUUCGACAAUCCAAGACGAUAUGAUAGCGAUGAUGACCUGCCAAGACUGGGAAGUUCAAGAGAAGGAAGUUUAUCAAAUUCACAAGGCUUGGGCUGGUAUGGCACCAUGACUGGGUGUGGCAGCAGCAGUUACACAGCCUCUCCCCAUCAGAAUGGACCUAUGACAGACACUGCUCCUUUACUCUUUACUUGUAGUAAUUUAGAUUUGAACAAUCACCAUAGCUUAUAUGUAACACCACAAAACUGACAGCAUUGCCACCUGGGGAAUCUAUUGUUUUUCAUGAAUGUGUAUAGUCAAUGCAUUUAAAUUUCAUUUACAUAAACAUUCCAUUAUCUGUGGCAACUGAAAACAACGCCUGGAAAUGUGGCCGCGUGCAGCAGAGAACACAGCUAUUACUUUUGACCUCUUCGUAGUAAAGUGAAGUAAAAUGGAAAGUUUGGAGUGGGAUAAAAGAGAGAUUAGAUCUUAAGGCACUUGAUGGCCUCCAAACAUCUUGACUUUGGAACAUCAAAUGCAUAUUUGCACUUUUAUCUUUAUUCUGAAAGAAUACACUGCAGUCCCCAAAGUCAUACUCCAGUGUUCACACUGGGAUAUUAUAUUGGACACCAAAUUAGGAGGCAGUAUUUCUAUUAAAAUCAAAGCUUGUAUAUCAGUUGUGUACUCCAUGUGGAAAUUCUUACCCAAUAAAAAUUUUGUUUGAACAGUGCACAGAAUUAAGGCAUAAAAAUGUAUCAUUCUUUUUUUAAAAAUCUAAAAAUAUGUAAUCAUUGAAUAUAGUUCUUUUAAGCAUGAUUAUAAAAUACCAACUAAAAUUAUUCAAUUAUAUUUUUUAAAUGAUAGUAGGAAAUCUUCACAGUGAUGACCAGCAGUGUUCUUGGGAAAGCCACAGUCAUUUCUUCAAGAAGAAAGUAUACCAGUGAAAAUUAUGUGGCUACUUUGAAUAGAAUUGGUCAAGUGAUUGUUUUGUAUGAUUAAGACAUAUGUAUGUAGUAGUUUAAGCAUGAUUCUUCCAGAAAGCAAUAGUGGUUUUUGCAUAGGGAGAUUUUGGUAGAAACUUCUUGGGACUAAACAAGUUUACAGAUGCAUUUAAGAAUUACUCAUAAAAUAUACAAUUCUAAGUGAAAACAUGAAUACAGUUUCAAGAACAUUUGAUUUAGCUGAAAUAAGAUACAGCUGAUUUUACCUAAAAAUCAGGACUGUCCUCAGGUAAAUUAAAUCAUAAUACAUGAUUGCAGUGAACUCAAGUGCAAUACUUUGUAAGACAAGUCCUUCUUUAGUUGUCAUGUUUUUAUAUCUUGUAUAUGGGCAAAGCCAAAUUAAAUUUAAUUCAAAUUAAUUCUAGCGCUAGAC